GCACGUGAGAAGACGCAGAUCCAAAAUGGCCGCCUUCGCGGUGACCCGUCUUGUGUUGUCGGCGCCAAAAAUGCGUUGUAAUUUAUUAUCGAAGGCGGUAAAACCAGCGCGACGGCUGUGUUCGGUGCAGGUCGAUGUCGCCGACGCGUCGAAACGGAGGCCAGCGCUGACGGAAGAAUAUGUGAGCGCUCACUUCGAAGGUUCCGACACCGAGACCCUCACCGAGGUGACCCAGAGCAUGACCGUCUACGAUGAUUUUGUGACGCCGGAAGAAGAGAGCACGCUGUUCGCCGAAAUCGAGCCGCAGUACAAGAGGUUGCGGUACGAAAGCAGCCACUGGGACGAUGCAAUUCACGGUUACCGGGAGAUUGAGCGCACAACCUGGUCCCCUCCGUGUGAAGCCAUAUUGGGACGAAUCAGGGCGCUCGCGUUCACUCCUGAAGUGAACCAAAUACAACAUGUUCACUGUCUCGACCUUCUCGAAGACGGCCACAUCAAGCCACACGUGGACAGCGUUCGGUUCUGUGGCGACACAAUAGCAGGGCUGUCUCUCCUAUCAUCGAGCAUCAUGAAGCUGGUUCACGAAAAAAAGCCAGACAAGUGGGUUAAAAUAUUUCUAAGGAGACGGUCCCUAUACAUAAUGAGAGGAGUAGCGAGGUAUGACUACACCCACGAAAUCCUGGCCAACCAGCAUUCUGUGUUCAGGUCCACUCCCGUGCACAAGUCGAGAAGGAUAUCCGUCAUCUGUCGCAACGAGCCCAGCUGACAGUGACGAAAAGGUGUAGUUUAUAGUAAUGAUGCAUUCUAUUUGAACACUCACUCUGUGGCACUGCAAUACAGUGUCCUUUUUUUGUGUGUGUGUGAUACGUUGACAGUGAUAUCCUGAUAGACAACUUCAGCCACUGCUGUGACAAAUUCGUUUCUGUUGUGACGAAUCCCAUGAUUAAAUUUAUGAGGACGCAUAUGACAGUUGUCGCUUG